AAGCGUUUGGCGCCAUGUCUCACACCAUUUUGUUGGUACAGCCUACCAAGAGACCAGAAGGCAGGACUUACGCUGACUACAAGUCUGUGAAUGAGUGCAUGGAAGGUGUUUGUAAAAUGUAUGAACAACAUCUGAAGAGAAUGAAUCCCAACAGCCCCUCCAUCACAUACGAUAUCAGUCAGUUGUUUGACUUUAUCGAUGAUCUGGCAGAUCUCAGCUGUCUUGUUUACCGAGCUGAUACACAGACGUACCAGCCUUAUAACAAAGACUGGAUCAAAGAGAAGAUCUACAUGCUCCUUUGUCGACAGGCCCAACAGGCUGGGAAGUAGUUGAGUUGGAAGCAU